GGAAGCUCGGCAGCAGUUCUACAACCGCUUAUUAUCAUGAACGAAUUGGAGAUAUACGGUAUAAUAGGAUUCGACGGUCUGACAAGAAACGGCUUACGCGUACAUCCCGAUGGAGAACAUCUGGUAUACUCGAUGGGAAGCAAAGUUACCGUCAAACACAUCGCAACGAGCCAACAGUUUUUCCUUACAGGACAUCAAAAUUCAGUUUCUGCUUUGUGCAUCUCAUCUUCCGGAGACUUGAUAGCUUCCGGUCAAACGAGCCAUCGCGGUUUCAAGGCAACGGUGAUAAUAUGGGAUUACGAGGGACGUAAACUGAAAGCUAGCUACGAAAUGCACAAAGUUAGAGUCGAAGACGUAUGUUUCACAGCGAACGGACGAUAUCUCGUUAGCCUCGGUGGUCGGGACGACGGUCGCAUCGUAAUAUGGGACGUUGAAAACGGAAGCCCACUUUCUGGUACGUUUGCUGGAAGCGAAGCGUUUGGAAAUGCUCGAACGAUCGCGCGUACAAACCUAUGCGAAACGGCUUUCCUUACCGGCGGAGAUGGAACUUUCAAGUUAUGGCGCGUGAAUUCGAAAGAUCGAAAGUUAGGUGGAAUCGACGUGAAACUUGGAAAAAUAAAGCGCGCGAUCAAUUGUCUGAUCGUAGAUAAAAACGACGAAAACGUUUAUUGCGGAACGACAUCUGGUGACGUCAUAAAAGCGAGAUUAAAUCUGAGAGAAGAAUCCGUUGCUAAACAUCCGGUUAUGAUCGGCUGUUACUCCAAGAAGACGAAGAACGGAGAAGUGUACGCGGGUGGUGUGAGAAAUUUGUUACUCUCGGAGAGGGACAACAAGCAGCACCUGGUGGUGGUAGGUGCUGGCGAUGGAACGGUCGAACUAAUCGAAAUAAGAAACGAAUCGUCGACACUCGUCGUCGCGAGUAAAACGAACAACUUGUUAAUCAUACCUGCUAUAAUAACGCGUCGCACAGCGAACGUGUGUGCCACGGUGACGUCGAUGAAUUGGUAUAAAAAUGAUUUUAUAUUGGUAGGAACUGCCCUAUGUGAAAUCCACGAAAUCGAAUUGUCCAGCUUUCGUACACGUUUGAUCGUUACCUGUCACACCAGUCCGCUAUACGGUUUGGCAUUUCCGCGCAACUGUUCGGAGAUAUUUGCAACGACUGGUAAAAAUGACAUUCGAGUCUGGAAAUUGACGACACCGAAAGAAUUGUUUCGUAUCACCGUACCAAAUUUUACUUGUUCCAGUCUAUGUUUCGAUUCUAACGGCGGUUCGAUAAUAUCCGCAUGGAACGACGGCGCGAUAAGAGGAUUCGCGUUGAACGGCGGGAAACUUUUAUUCGAGAUUAAUCGUGCUCAUACAAAAUCCGUGUCGACAAUUGCCAUUACCAACGACGACCGUAAGCUCGUUAGCGGUGGUUGCGACGGACAGGUACGAAUAUGGGACGCAAAAUCUGAGAUGCGACAUUUGUUACACGUCCUGAAAGAACACAGAGGUCCGAUAACGUCGUUGCACGUUUCACCCGACAACGAGAGUUUGAUCAGUUCCAGUACAGAUGGUACGUGCAUAAUGUGGGAUUUAAGAAAUAUCAGGAGGAAAUUCAUGCUGAGGGGAAAUACGACGUACACGGCGACGUGUUUCGUUCCUAACGGCGUGCAAAUUUUAACGUGUGGCACAGAUCGGAAAAUAGCAUAUUGGGAAACAUUGGACGGUUCGAUGGUUCGAGAAGUCGAAGGUUCGACGAAUAGCACGUUGAACGCGAUAAGUAUCAGCCAGGAUGGUCGCUAUUUUCUCACCGGAUCGGACGAUUGUAUCGUUAAACUUUGGGAAUACCGUACCGCAACUACUAUUCGUAUAGGUCUUGCACACGCAGCUCCGAUUACCGGUUGUGCUUUCGCGCCAAACGGUCAGUUUGUAAUCACGGUGAGUGCGGACGGUGCUAUAAUAAUUUGGAAAUACCCGCUGCCAUCACCACCACCACCACCACCGAUCUGAGAAGAAAUACAGUACGGAAAAUCAUUUAUCAUUUAUCGUUUCAAUACUAGGAAUGU